AUGUCUAAUUCUUAUGAAGAAAAUUGGGAUAAACCUUAUAAUGAACCUUGUGAACAUUAUGAUGAACCUUGUGAUGAACUUUAUUAUGAAUCUUGCGAUGAACUUUAUAAUGAAACUCAAGAACCAACAAAUGUAAUCUGCCUAGAUAAACCCAAUAAUAAUGAAUCAUCAAAUGAAACCACCAUAACUAAUAGAUAA